AUCACUGUCAGAAUCAGCAGCAAUUGCACAUGUAACCGUUGGAAUCUGGGUCGCGGAUUCACUUGCGCGCGGAAAACCUUGAACAGGGUUUCCUGCUUCGCGAGGAAGGCCUUGGCUAUGGCUGCCGGGGCUGCUGGCAUGUGCUAGGGUUGAUGAAGCAUGAGGUUGUUCACGUGAUAUUGGACCCUGUUUCGUGGUUGUUGUUUGCCCUUGGAUCAGGCCCUUCCUUGUGAGCAGUAAGAGGAGAAGGGAACGGGUUUGAACGCGUCAGACAGACAGUUCCUUGCCCUUGUCAGGGUGUGUGAGGCAUCACCUUUCUCGGCUGAGGACUUACAAGGGGCACACAGCCAUGCGCAUCUCGAGCAUUUAUGACUAGGCCCUGCAGUAAUAGGUACCCAGGCACAGGUUUGUGUGUUGCGAGGGUAGGUUUGCCAGUCUGUGCGUACCUUGGCGACCAGCUGUUGGAAUAGGGGCCAAGGAUGUUGCUCUCACCAAUCCCAGGCCCCAGGCCGGCUGCCCCUCAGAGGGCAGAGCCAGCAGCGGGGAAGAACUCAUGGCAGAGCGACGCCGACACUCCUGACCGGCAGGUCCUCAUUGAACACAUUUAUAAUCUGUUCAAGAAGAAGAGGCCAAACUUUCCUCCAGAAUGGGCUAUCAAAUUUCCAGACUUUGUGCGGAGAUUGGAGGAGGCUCUUUACAGGAAUGCUCCCACCAAGGCGGACUACAUCGAUGUGAGCACGCUCGAGGUGCGCCUCCAGGACGUUGCAAAGAAGAUGCACGUCCCCAAGUCCGGAGCCCGCGCUCAGAGCGGUUCGCAAACCCCUGGAACCCCGGGCCAUAGCAGCUCUUCCAGUGGGGCCGCCCAGGCGAAUGGCCUCUUCUCUAGCGCUAGCAACACUGCACAGAGCACCCUGAUGAAAGCCCCAAACGGCGUGGGCCCUGAUGGGAAGACUCCGCUUGUGGGGAAUCACAUGGUGAACGGGGUUACGGAGGGGGCUGUCAUGCAAGGAGUCAAUGGAGCUUCGAUGGGGUUCGGAGGGCAGGCAAGGCAAGGGGGAGCUCCGGGCGUUGCCAUGACAGGCCUGCCCCCGCCAAACCCUCAGCUCAACGGCCUCCUCUCCCCCCAAGCCUCUCAAUCCUCCGCCCCCUUCCCCGCCAACGGAUCUUCCGACCUCCAACAACAACACGCGCGCGAGCUGGCUCAGUUGAACCUCCAGCACAGCGCCCAAAACGAGAAGCUCGCAGCGCAGCAGAUGCAGCAGCAGGCCGCCUUGCGAAUUGCCGCCACUCAACAAGGGGGGGCGGCUGGCCCAGCCAACGGGGCCCCCCUGAUGCACGCUGAGUCGGGCAUGGGGUCGCCGCCGACCCCCGGGGGGCGUUUACCGGGCACUCCGCAGCAGGGGGGCAUGCCGGUGGGUGGGGACGGAAGGCCGGCUAUGGACGUGCUGAUGCGACAGAAGCAGUAUCAGAAGCAACAGCGGUGGCUGCUGCUGUUGAGGCACGUGAGCAAGUGUACUGCGCCGGAGGGGACGUGUACGGCCGUUGCACACUGCCACCAGGCGAAGCAGCUGUGGGCGCACAUCUGCCAGUGCCAGGACGUGGACUGCAAGUUCGACUCGCGCUGCAUGCCCAGCAAGACGCUCGUCAAGCACAACACGUCGUGCCGCGACCAGCGCUGCCCCGUCUGUCAGCCGGUGCGCGAGAUCUUACAUCAGCAGAAGCAGGUGCUGAUGGAAGCGGCCGCGCGCCAGGCCGAGGAGCUCCAGGGGGGGGCGAAACGGCAGAGGAUAGAGGGCCCCCCCGGGGCGUCGCAAGGGGCGAAUCCGCUGGUGAAAGCGGAGGACGCGGCCAGCCAGGGGUACCCCGUGAAAGCGGAAGGGGGCCUGAAACCGGACCCCGGGGCGAUGAAGUUCGAGCCGGGCAGUGCGGGGGUAGCCGGGCGAGCACCCGUAACGAAACAAGAGCUUGUAGCGGGUGUGAAAAACGAGGUCCCCGGGGCGUAUGCGCACCGGGGGGGGUCGGGGGACAUGGGCGCGGAGCAGGGGGGUAAGAUGGUUGUUGUUGACCCGAACAGGGGGAACGUUCACGGGGCAGUGGUGCCCCAUGCGGCGCAGGAUGGAGCGGGGGGAAGUCAGGCGAAGGGCGGCAAGCCGAAGGUCCAGGGGACGUCCCUGACGGAACUGUUCACGGCUUUCGAGAUCAAGCAGCACAUACGGUCGCUGCGGUCCUGGAUCUACCAGCAACCGCCCCCCCAGAAGGGCAAAGGCCAGGCGGCGCUCGUCCCCCGGGUGGACCCGCACAACCUGCCCGAGGACGCCUGCCAGCUGUGCGGGCUCGUCCGGCUCUCGUUCGAGCCGCCCCCGCUGUACUGCACGCCAUGCGGCGCGCGCAUCAAGCGCAACGGAGUGUACCACUUUGUGAUGGCGGGCACCGACACGAAGCACGUGGUGUGCACGCAGUGCUUUGCGGACCAGCGGGGGGACACGGUCGACAUCGAGGGGCACCAGUUCCCCAAGGCCAAGCUAGAAAAGAAGAAGAACGACGAGGAGGUCGAGGAGGCGUGGGUCCAGUGCGACCGCUGCAACAAGUGGAACCACCAGAUCUGCGCGCUCUUCAACGGCCGCCGCAAUGAGAGCGUCGACACCGAGUACACGUGUCCCGAGUGCCUCCUCAGCGGUCUCGUCGAGGGCACCCGCGCGCCGCUGCCCCCCUCGGCGGUGCUCAUGGCGAAAGACCUGCCCAAGACGCACCUGAGCAACUUCCUGGAGGAGCGCCUCCAGAGGCGCCUCGGGCAGGAGCGCACAGAGCGGGCGCGGGCCGAGGGGAAGCGGUUAGAGCAGGUGAUUACUGCCGACGGCCUGGUAGUACGGGUAGUGUCAAGCGUUGACAAGAAGCUGGAGGUGAAGUCCAAGUUCGCGGAGCUGUUCCAGGCCGAGAACUACGCGAGCGAGUUCCCCUACAAGUCAAAAGUUGUCCUGCUCUUCCAGAAGAUUGAGGGCGUAGAAAUCCUGCUGUUCGGCAUGUACACCCAGGAGUUCGGCACCGACGCCGAGAAGCCCAACACGCGGCGCAUGUACCUCUCCUACCUCGACUCGGUCAAGUACUUCCGGCCAGAGGUCAAGACGGUCACUGGGGAAGCCCUCCGGACAUUCGUCUACCACGAGAUCCUGAUCGGCUACCUGGAGUACACCAAGCUGCGCGGCUUCAACUCCGUCUACAUCUGGGCGUGCCCGCCCCUCAAGGGCGAGGACUACAUCCUCUACUGCCACCCGGAGAUCCAGAAGACGCCGAAGAGCGACAAGCUGCGGGAAUGGUACCUCAGCAUGCUGCGCAAGGCGUCGCGCGAGGGGAUUGUCGUGGAGACGACCAACAUGUUUGACAUGUUCUUCAUGAAAGGGGAGGAGUCGCGGGUGCCCGUCACGGCGGCGCUGCUCCCGUACUUCGACGGGGACUACUGGCCGGGCGCGGCGGAGGACAUGAUCCAGCAGAUGGAGGCGGAGGUGGAGGAGGCGAUUCGGAACCGGGGCAAGACGGUGAAGAAGAAGGGCAAGGCGGCCGUCAAGGGCAAGGGCAAGGUGCCGCUCAUGAUGGAGCUGCCCACCAACGCAACCCGGGACCAGAUGCUCAUGCAAAAGCUGGGCGAGGCGAUCGGGCCGAUGAAGGAGGACUUCAUCAUGGUGCACAUGCACCCGACGUGCAGCCACUGCCGCGACUUCAUCAUGUUCGGGAACCGGUGGAGCUGCCGCGGCAAGAACUGCGACUUCCGGCUGUGCGACACGUGUCACGCCGCUGAGAACGCGCGGCCCAUGGAGCAGCGGCACCCGCUCGGGGACCCGGAGAAGCACACCUUCUUCGCGCAGCCGGUGGCGGGCGUGCCGACCGACACACGCGACCCCGACGCGGAGGCGGAGAGCGAGUUUUUCGACACGCGGCAGGCGUUCCUGAGCCUGUGCCAGGGCAACCACUACCAGUACGACACGUUGCGGCGCGCCAAGCACUCGUCCAUGAUGGUGCUCUACCACCUGCACAACCCGUCGGCGCCCGCGUUCGUGUCGAGCUGCAACGUGUGCCAGAAGGACAUCGAGGCCGGGCGCGGCUACCGCUGCGAGGUCUGCCCAGACUUCGACAUCUGCAGCAACUGCAUGGAGGUGGGCCACAAGCACCCGCACCCGAUGACCCCGCACCCGACCGCGGAGGAGCGGUCGGGGCAGAACCUGUUUGCGCGCGAGCAGCGCAUGGUGGCGCUGCGCAAGUGGAUGGACCUCCUCCUCCACGCGUCGGAUUGCAAGGCGCCGCUGCGGUCGUGCAGCUACCCCAAGUGCCUCACCAUCCGGCUGCUCUUCCGCCACGGGAUGCAGUGCGAGAAGAAGGCGCCGGGGGGGUGCGCGCACUGCCGCCGCAUGUGGAUGCUGCUCAAGAUGCACUCCCGGUUGUGCAAGCAGAACCCGUGCCCAGUGCCGCGUUGCAAGGACCUCAAGGAGCACUGGCAGCUGAUGCAGCGGCAGUCAGAGACGCGGCGGCGGUACAACUACAAGGAGAUGAUGCGGCAACGGCAGGAGGAGGACUCGUGAGCGGAAGCCCGUUUAGGGGGGAACUAGUCCCCUCGCCAAGUUUCAUAGACUGCCGGCCGGCCGUGGGGCUGCUGCCGGUUUGGGAGGCCGUGGUGUGGAGUUUGGUUAGGCCGACACCGUUGGGUUAACCGGCAAUAACGAGGGGUCAAGCUGCUACUGGGGUUAGGCAGUGUAGUCGUAAAUUGAGCGACAGGACGGAAGCGGUUGGCCUCGAGGAUAAGCAAAAGGUGUAGGGACGGCCGGG